GUCUCAAAAUCCAUGCCCAAUUUCUGUUAAUGGCCGCAUAAGGCCAAAAAUGCUUUCAGUUUCACUCUUCUUCUAUAAAAGAAGGAGCCAAACCCAAAAAAACUUCACAACCAUCACCAUGAAAACUCCCUCUUCUUAGAUUUCUAAUGAAAACUUUGUUUUCUUCAACUUGAAUAAUCAAAAUAACAUAUUUUUAUUGAUUUUGAGGUUAUUUAUUUCUUAUAUUACUACAUGAACAUGAAGUUUUUGUUGGAAUUCGUGUCUUGUUGUGGUGUCUCAAGUGGUGGGGCACUGGAGGUUCCUGAAAGUGUGGGGAGGCAGUCGGAGGAGGAGACACGUGAGUUGAUGACGGUGAGGAACGAUCAUAGGAGGAAGAAGAGAGGAAGAGGGUCUUCGACUGCUGGAAAUAAUGAUUCAGGGGUAGAGUGGAAGCCAUCAUUGAGUGCGAUAUCGGAGAAUAACGUAGUGGUGGCGGGGGAGAGAGGAGUUGAAAGGGUGCUUAAUAGGAAAGGUAGUGUUGCUGCUGGUGGUGGCGGUGGGGGCGGCAGGGUCCGUGAAAUUUCUAGCCUUUCCGGUUACGUUGACAAUUACAGGCGAAAUGGGGUUUCGAUUGUUAUUCCAGCAUUCUCUCCGACUCCAUUCAUGAUGAUUUAGUGGCCUUGCUAUUCAAUUAAGAAUUUGUGAUUGGCUUUAUGUGUAAUAAGUAGGGAAGUAAAUAUUCUUGUAAGAGAAUCGACAAGAGGUUGUUCUUGCAAGUGGAAGUUCUCCUGAAGUUGUCAUCUCCACUCACAGAGGUUGCAAAGUUUCAUCUUUUGUAAUAUAAAACCAGUGAUGUUCCAUUUGAAUUGCAGGGUCUGUGGAGGGUUUUUUUGUUUUUUUUUUCCCUUCCUAAUUAGGUUUAGUUUUAUUGUCUGUAAUUCUGAGUAGAUUUUCCCAUCUCUAAGCAAAUGGGUGUGAAACAUUUUCUUUACGCUUUUGAUUUCACAGCAGUUUUCUUUUUGUGGA